AAAACAGCAAAGAAGAGUGCAGGCGAGAGGAGCUGUUUCUGUUGUGAGGCAAAGUUCAGUGUCAUUUUGAUAAGCAUGGCCUUCCUCUGUAGAAAUGCAGCUUUGCUCCUGAAGCCGUCCAGAACAGCYCCGGCUCUCCUGUCCGCGGCCCGCCUCUACAGCUCAGGUGGUCAGUAUGAGUAUAUUGUUGUGGAGAAGCGAGGUGAAAAGAACAACGUGGGCUUCAUUCAGCUGAACCGACCCAAAGCACUCAACGCCCUCUGCGACGGUCUGAUGAAGGAGGUGGGACAGGCGCUGGACGCCUUUGAAGCCGACGCAGACGUCGGAGCCAUCGUCCUCACCGGCAGUGAGAGAGCCUUCGCUGCCGGAGCAGACAUUAAAGAAAUGCAAAAUCGAACCUUUCAAGAGUGUUAUGGGGGAAACUUUCUGGCUCACUGGAACAGAGUUUCCACAGUGAAGAAGCCUGUAAUCGCAGCUGUCAAUGGAUUCGCACUGGGUGGAGGCUGCGAGCUCGCCAUGAUGUGUGACAUCAUCUACGCCGGGGAGAAGGCGCAGUUUGGUCAACCAGAAAUCCUCCUGGGGACAAUUCCUGGAGCGGGCGGCACCCAGCGUCUGACUCGCGCCGUCGGCAAAUCCCUGGCGAUGGAAAUGGUCUUAACGGGAGACCGGAUUAACGCAGAGGAAGCAAAGCAAUCAGGUUUAGUGAGUAAAAUUUAUCCUGUGGACCAGCUGGUGUCUGAAGCUGUUAAAUGUGGGGAAAAAAUUGCUGCCAAUUCAAAGCUGGUCUCUGCCAUGGCUAAAGAGGCUGUCAAUGGAGCUUUUGAGCUGACUUUGGCAGAGGGGUGCCGCUUGGAGAAACGUUUAUUCCAUGCUACUUUUGCAACUGAUGAUCGUAAAGAAGGCAUGACGGCUUUCGUUGAGAAAAGGAAAGCCGAUUUCCAGGACAAGUAGAUGAAGAGCUCGACAAUUAUGGAGUGUUUGCCAUCACCUGCUCACUUCCUUAUUGGUGAUACAAUAUAUAUAUAAUAAAAUAAAAAUCUUGAGUGUAAUGCAGCAAAGAGGUGGUAAUUAUCACACAAAAGUGUCUCAUUAAAGCCUGACCUUUUGGAUUGUAUUAAAAUCAAAUAUUGUCUAGGUGCAGGAGUAUAAUUUGAUUACUGUGUAACAGGAGGAAUGCAUCUGAGUGAAUUCUUCUAAAAUUGUCUUUGUCAAACUGUUUUUUUUAGUGUAAAUUCUUCUAAUAAGGUUAAAGUUUGGUUUUUACUGCAGCCAACUCGUGAAAAUGCAUAAUAAAUGCUYUAUUUAUUACAUUGUGGUACUUUGUAACCACACUUUUUAACUGUAACAUCUGAGCACAGCUGCUUAAACUUCAUGUUUGGUCAUUAAUAAACAGCCUUAUUUGAAAGUC